CUCGGACUGCACGACCCGGGGCUCGCGGCAGCGGGCUCUUCGAGCUGCACCUAAGCCUCGUUCCGAACGCAUCCAUUCCGUGCACCACCAUCUGUCCCUACCUUCCUUGUCUGUCGUGCGCCUGGCUUUCUUAAGAACAGGCCAACAUUUGCUGUCGCAGUACUACGCACCUGACGAUGUCGAAGCUCCACGUCCUCCAGCACCCAGUCGUGAACGCGCGUCUCUCGAAGCUACGCCAGACGACCACUUCGGCGAAGGAGUUCCGCGAGGGCAUACAUGAUAUCAGCUUGAUCCUGGGCAUCGAAGCGAGCCGGGACCUGGAGGAAGAGACGUUCAGCGGGCAAACGCCAAUAGGGCCCUUUACGGGCUCCGUGAUCAAGCCCCAUAUCGGCCUUACGCCGGUGUUGCGGGCGGGGAUGGGCAUGACGGACGCGCUGCUGAACCUGUUCCCUGCGGCGCGCGUGUACCACCUCGGGAUCUUCAGGGAGAAGGUGUCGCUGCAGCCGGUGGAAUACUACUCGAAGCUGCCCCCGAACCCGACCGUUGACCAAGUUUUCCUCCUCGACCCUCUCAUCGCCACUGGCGGUACUGCGUGCGCGGCGAUGAACAUGAUCCUUGAAUGGGGCAUCCCAGUGAACAAGAUCAAACUAUUGUGCGUUCUCGCAUCCCAGGCAGGAUUGAAGCGCGUCCAGGCAGAGUACCCCGAGGUGGAGAUCUGGGCAGCAGCAGUUGAUCCAGAGUUGACACCGAAUGGUCUCGUUUCUCCUGGACUGGGCGAUACCGGCGACCGUCUGUACAACACGUUGAAGGAUAAUGAGGGAUUGUAGGAUAACGGUAGCUGUACAAAGAGCUGAGCCCCGUGGCAUCGUAUCUUUGAAAUGCAUCGCAAGUUUGGC